AUGGCGGCUGCGGCUGCGGUGGGCGCGGGCGCGGGGGGCCCGGGAGCGGCGGGCGGCGGGGGGGCGCGCGAGGGCGCGCGGGUGGCGGCGCUGUGCCUGCUGUGGUACGCGCUGAGCGCGGGUGGUAACGUGGUCAACAAGGUGAUCCUGAGCGCCUUCCCGUUCCCCGUGACCGUGUCGCUGUGCCACAUCCUGGCGCUGUGCGCGGGGCUCCCGCCGCUGCUGCGCGCCUGGCGCGUGCCCCCCGCGCCCCCCGUCUCGGGCCCUGGGCCCGGGCCGCAUCCGUCUCCCGGCCCGCUGCUGCCGCCGCGCUUCUACCCGCGCUACGUGCUGCCACUCGCCUUCGGCAAGUACUUCGCGUCCGUGUCAGCGCACGUCAGCAUCUGGAAGGUGCCAGUGUCUUACGCGCACACCGUCAAGGCCACCAUGCCCAUCUGGGUGGUUCUCCUGUCCCGGAUCAUCAUGAAGGAGAAGCAGAGCACCAAGGUGUACCUGUCACUCAUCCCCAUCAUCAGCGGCGUCCUGCUGGCCACCGUCACCGAGCUGUCCUUCGACAUGUGGGGGCUCAUCAGUGCCCUCGCUGCCACACUGUGCUUCUCGCUUCAGAAUAUUUUCUCCAAAAAGGUAUUGAGAGAUUCACGGAUCCACCAUCUCCGGCUCCUGAACAUCUUGGGCUGUCACGCUGUCUUCUUUAUGAUCCCCACGUGGGUCCUGGUGGACCUUUCAGCUUUCCUGGUCAGCAGCGACCUGACCUAUGUGUCCCAGUGGCCCUGGACGCUUCUGCUCCUGGCUGUCAGCGGCUUCUGUAACUUUGCCCAGAAUGUCAUCGCCUUCAGCAUCCUCAACCUCAUCAGCCCUCUGAGCUACUCUGUCGCCAAUGCCACCAAGAGAAUCAUGGUCAUCACGGUGUCCCUGAUCAUGCUGCAAAACCCAGUCACCAGCACCAAUGUCCUGGGCAUGAUGACAGCCAUCCUGGGGGUCUUUCUGUAUAACAAAACCAAGUACGAUGCCCAUCAGCAAGCCCGGAAGCACCUCCUCCCAGUCACCACGGGGGACCUGAGCAGUAAGGAGCACCAUCGGAGCCCCCUGGAAAAACCCCACAAUGGCAUCCUCUUUCCCCAGCACGAGGACUAUCAGUAUGGUCGCAACAACAUCUUAACAGACCACUUCCAGUACAGCCGGCAGAGUUACCCAAAUGCCUACAGUUUGAACCGUUAUGACGUGUAG